GAAUGUUCCAGAUAAGUUGUGUCUUAAUCACUUACAAUAAUAACAUGCAAGAGGCCUAUUCUGAAUUUUUUAAAACUAUUGAUGUGUUUUUUACACUUCUGCAAAGUCCAACCAUUAGUGAACAAAUGACUGUAGAAAAUGUUACACGAGCUUUUAAUUGCGCUCAUUUCAUCGAAGUUGCUAUUGAGAAAAUCCAAACUAAAGAUCAAAAAUGGAGAGAUUCUUUUGAGAAAUAUUUAAAUAGGAAAUCAAAACGAAAAUUAUUUCCACUAAACAUUACAUGUUCUGACUUGGAAAAAGCUUGUGAUAAAUUAUUAGAAUGUUACUUGAAAGAUAGUUACAUUUCUACCGAAGUUGUUGAUGAAUAUUUAAAAUUGUACACUCAAAAAUUUGAUUGUGACAGAUUAAAUGCUUGCUUGAAGCAAGUGCUAAGCAAAUCUAUCGCAACAAAUAUGAUUAUAGAAUCCCUAAAAAUAUUAGGAGUACCAUUGUCUUAUAUGGAAGACCAGGCAUUAAUUAUGUCAUGGCAAAUGGCAAUAGCUAAUGGAGAUCAAAGUGAAGUAGCUGAAUGUGUAAAUAGAAUGUUAAAUGAUGGUCAUGUUUCAAGACUGAUACACUUAACAAUUGAAUCACACGAUGAUGUAAUUAAGAAACUAGUUAUACAAACCUUCACUUUAAAGUUAAUUGCUUACGAUUCUGAAAUAUGCAUAGCUUUUACAAAUACUGAAAAAAAAUUACUUUUAAAAUUACUUCAAGCCGAUAUCGAUUUUUGCAUAAAUUUUAUUGAUGCAAUAUUCUACUUUAGCCGAAAUAUGUAUUUGAUAGAUGGAAAGUGGUGUUCAGAUGUUAAAUUUGAAUAUGAACAUUUAUAUUGCUCUCAACCGAACAGUAAGAUAUGGAAAGAUAUAAUUCCUUGGAUUAAAAACAGUGAUAGUGAAAACAAUAUUAAAAACGAUAAUGAUACUAAAAAUGACACUAAAAACGAUAAGGAUACUGAAAACGAUCAUGAUAUGAAUAAUUAUGAUUAUGAGCAUGAUAUAACUUGGAUUUCCUCCCAAGAUUUGAUAUGAUUUAUAGCAACAUUACUUAUGUUUUAUACUAUUUUAUGUAAUUUUUGUAAAACAGAAAAUAAAUUGUUUUUAUUACAAGUA